GCCCACGUGAUUAAAACGUACUCAUGACGCAAGUCUUGGAAUCUCGAAACGUAUUUUGCCACUACAAAGCCGAAUAUAUUAUUAGAAAUACCUUUUUAGAAACGUAAACAUUUAAAUAUUCAUGAUAUAAGCGGAACUACUUUAUUGACGUCGACAGGCUAGCUUGAUACUAACUAACACAGUGAUGGUGGCGCCUGUUGGAUUCGUGGCGGUCGUCGUCGUUUGCUAUGUGUUCGCGUAUUAUUGGGUGUUCAGGGGGGCGAGGUGCUUGAGUCCAAAGAAGCUGAACGGCAAGACAGCCCUUGUGACAGGGGGCAACACUGGUAUUGGUAAGGCCACAGCUCUUGAAUUGGCCAAGAGAGGAGCCAGGGUCAUUUUAGCCUGCCGUAAUAAGAAGAAAGCUGAAGCUGCUGUGUUUGACAUCCGCAGAGAGAGUGGGAACAAUCAGGUUGUGUUCAUGCAGUUGGAUCUUGCAAGUUUUCAGUCUGUACGCAGUUUUGCUGAAACCUUCUUAAAAACUGAGCCCAGAGUGGACAUUCUUAUCAACAAUGCAGGUCUAAUGGGGCCUGGAUGCACAGAGGAUGGUUUUAGUAUGGUGCUUGGGGUCAAUUACCUGGGUCACUUCCUGCUCACCAACCUUCUCCUCAGGAGAAUGCAGCAGUGCGGGCCCAGUCGCGUCGUAAAUGUGUCGGCUCUUCUCCACCGCCUUGGCAACAUUGAUUUCUCCUUUCUGGCUUGCAACAAAGAUUUGGUGACAGGCCAGUCGACCUGGCGCAACUUUCAGGCCUACUGCAACAGCAAGCUGUGUAAUGUGCUCUUCACCAGAGAACUUGCUAACAUACUGGAGGGCUCAAAAGUGACCUGCUACAGUCUCCACCCAGGCAUUAUCUACACCAAAUUAUGCCGCAAUAUGAGCCUGUGGCAGCAGUUUCUGUUAAUGCCCUUUGCCAAGCUUUUCUUUCUCGACCCUGAGAGUGGCUCCCAGACCACUCUGUACUGUGCCCUCCAAGAGGGCAUCGAGACUCUCAGCGGGCGCUAUUUUUCCAACUGUGCCCUGCAACAGGUGGGACACAAAGGGCGAGAUGAUGCUCAGGCAAAGAAGCUGUGGGAGGUGAGUGAGCGAUUGACAGGUUUAUCAUCCAGCCAUCCAUUUUCCGUACCACUUAAGAAGUUAAUUAAUUCUGAAGCUCCAAGGACUACAUGACACCUCUUUGCUUCAUCAACUACUUUCUACCACUGUGCCUAUCUGUACUUCAUCACUGUAUGCGAAGAAAAUAUUUUUGGAAUAAACAAUAUAUAUUUUUUGUGUGCAUCUAAUGCCUGUCAUUUUUCCUAAAACUAAUGAUAUAAUUAUUAUUUAUGUGUUUGAAGUUUAAAUACUACUAUGACAUGUGCUAAUGGAAUUUGAUUUUUCAGGGCUCUACAGUGUGACUGAUUUGGUCGCACAUGGGCCCUAACAUCUGAAUGGUGCACCGGUACGCCAAGCUAUUAUAUGUAUAUACAGUCUGGGGAAAUCAAUGGGUCGCAUGCUUGAUGCAGUUAUUGCAAGUGUGGGUUAUGCUACCAAAUAUAUUAAAUGUUACUCACUUUAAGUUAAUUUAAUCAUGUCUGUUCCAAUACUUUUGCUCACUUGAAAAGUGGGUGGGUUCAAACAAAAGGUGCUCUGUCCUGAGUUGUGUAACACAUCUAGAUGUGAAUACCAUGAAAUAAAAGCUGGAACUCUGAACUUCCACCCAUCCAUUUUCUUUACCGCUUAAGGCCUCUUUAUACUCCCGCGCAGCCGAAAACGCCCGCAUUGCAUCACGUGACUGACACAUUGGCCCUCUGCGUCACUUGAUGCGCACACUGCAAAAAUUGUUGCUGCGCUAAGAAUGCCACUGAAAUAUUUCGUGAUUGGUCCGUUUUAGUCACAUGCUGUGAUGACCUACUCAGCCUUCCCCUUGGUUCCACAUACCGUCGCCUUCUUGAUCGAUUUUGCAGCAUAAUUAAACAUAUCAUCUGGUCAUCUAGGUCCAUUUGUUCUAGCAGACAUUGUUCCACGGUCGCCAUUGUUGUUGCUUUGGUCCUUAUUACGGAAAGCAAAGUUAUAAACUGCUACCGGAAAUGGCCAAAAAAUGCAGAGGAAAUUCCACCCAGUGGUGUCCAAGCCAAUACCAGCUGUAGUGACACCCCCGACUUGGAGGAGUUUUGAAAAUGUACUGCAGUACAUUUUCAAAACUGCGCGCGUGGGUUGUGCUCGAUUAUAAAGGCAAACUGCGCGCGGGAUAGCCGCAAUGACAUCAGCGCGGUCACCACCUACGCGAGGAUAAAGAUGCCGUUAUCCUCAGCAAGGUCGCGGGCAGGCUGGAGUCUAUCCCAGCUAUCUUCGGGCGAGAGGCAGGGUACACCCUGAACUGAUCGCCAACCAAUCGCAGGGCACAUAUAAACAACCAACCGUUCGCACUCACAUUCACACCUACGGGCAAUUUAGAGUCUUCAUUCAACCUACCACACAUGUUUUUGGGAUGUGGGAGGAAACCAGAGCACCAGGAGAAAACCCACACAGGAACGGGGAGAACAUCCAAAUUCUACACAGGGGAGGUCCUCAGAACUGUGAGGCGGAGGUGCUAACCAGUCCUCACCGUGCCCCCCAUUUAAAGACAUUUUACAUGCUAAUUAUGUUAGUCAGAAACUCCACACAGGCGAUGCCGUAAUUUGAGCCCCGGUCCUCAGAAUGUUGCAUGUUUGGCAGAUGCAAUCCGAGGUACGCCUGGUUACAGCUCUCACAUCUGUUCGCUUGAGCAAUCAAAUAUGAACCAGUUUUUGCGUGUGCAAAUCUUUCAUAAAUCAAGCCCUUUGUGUUUGAUAUUUCUGGGUAGAAGAUAGGAAAAGAAAAACUAGCCAAAUAAAAAAUAGCCAAGGUUUAUCUUGUGAUUUUUUUCUUGGAACGCACCGUAUCUUUUCUCAUAAUCGCAUUGUGUUGCCGUCAGUGGCUACAUGCUUAUUUUGCUUCCGAGUCUCUGAUGUCACAUGGGGUUUUUGAAGGCACUGGAGGCAAGGAAGUGGGGGACCCAAGUGCAGGGAAGCAGGGAGGCAAGGCAGGAGUGCAGUAGUCUCACAAAUGAGAUUUAAUUCCAAAAUAAACAAGGUACAUGGAAAACUAUAAAUGCUAACUUAACAUAGUAAAAAAUCUAUAAUCAAAGAAACAUGGAAACCAAAAUACUGACCACUCGUCAACAUGACGGGAUAUGGAAACAUGGGGUGAGACAAGAUUACCUUUGACAAAAUACAAGACCAUGACAUCUGAGUCACAAAUGUGAUGUAAUGUGAUGUACUCAAUGUACGUUUACAUAAUGUGAUGUAGUCAAAUGUACUUUAACAACCCCAAUUCCAAUGAAGUUGGGAUGUUUGUUAAACAAAAAAAAAGAAUAAAGCUUUUUUGGAACGUGUUGCAGCCAUACAAUUAUAAGUUAAUGAUUAUUUGCUAAAAACAAAGUUUUAUCAGUUUGUACAUUAAAUAUCUUGUCUGUGUAGUGUAUUAAAUUAAAUAUAGGUUGAACAUGAUUUGCAAGUCAUUGUACUCUGUUUUUAUUUAUGUUUAACACAACGUCCCGACUUCAUUGGAAUUGGGUUUGUACAAUAUUGACCCAUUUCUCCAUUUACACAACAAUAAUGUAAUGUAGGGUAAACAGUGUAACACAGGAGGGAAUAAUUGUUCUUUUUGGACAACCUUUGGGGUUUGUAUAAUGAAGCUGUGAUUUCUCAUGUUUAAAUAAAAGACGGUCUCUUGUUUUAUUA